AUGGACAAUGCAGCGAAGGAGGUAUAUGAACAGGUUACUCAAGCUGAGGACGCAGAAGGCCAUGUUACAUUUUACGCAUUCCUUGAUAAAUUAACCAAGUUAGGCGAGUUGUUUAAACAUAAAAAGGAGGGCAGUUUCUUUAUAAAUGAAAUUAAAAUGCAAGAAAAGCGCAACGUUCUUAACUCAAAUGAUUAUAUUAACAACGUGCACACAAAUUUUAAAGGACAGUUUUGUGAUGGAUGUCCUAAUGACAGAGAAAAAAAAAAAAAUUUUGCAAACUGUCUUAGUAAUUCCCCGAAAAAUGUUACAUGCACAGAUCAGGAAAUAUCCACAAUAGCUAGCUAUUUGGGAAUUAAAGGCAAUAAAAAAAAAAAAAUGAAAAUGGAAAAUUUGACAGAACUGAACAAAAUAAAGAAUCACAAAAUACAUUUUAAAUGUGCUGCUACAAAGAAUGAAAUGCAUGUUAUUAAUGCACAUACGAAAUUAAUAGGUCAAGGGAGUGCAGUUAGGCCAAUUUGUGGGAAAAUAAAAAUUUUAAAAAGAAAAAAAAAAAUAAAUGAGCGUGGGGAUUGGGAUGAAAGUGAAAGUGAAAGUGAAAGUGAUAAUGAGAAUGACAAUGAGAGUGAGAGUGAAAAUAAACAUGUUCAUGCAGAGAAAAAUGCGGAUAUGAAUUAUUUCCCUGAAUGCAAACACAUUAUGCAAAAUACUCUUUACUCACGCAAUAAUGUCCUACCCGACAUUAUGACUUCAAUUUCUUCACCUUGCGUUAGUGAGGAACGAGAUCUCAUAAGAGCUACUUAUGAUAAAAAAAAAAUAAAAGGCAAAAAUGAAAACAUAUAUAGGAAAAAUGUAAAAGACAGACAAAUGUUCGAUAAGGGCAACAUGAAGAAUAAACAUAGUGUUGGUGAAGACAACGCGUGCAGAAUAAACAUAAAUAUGUCAGAAAAAAAAAAAAAAAAAAAUUCUGACCAUAUUCAUAAUAUACCUAGAGCUCAUAGCGAUUUGAUGUAUUAUUCCAGUGCAAGCGAAAAGAAUGUAACUUCAGGCAGUCACGAGGAAUUUACGGAGGAAAAAAUAAAUAAGCGUUGCAUAAUAAAAGACAUCGAUGAGGGUGUUAUAAAUGAUUACCGAGAUAAAAAUAGGGAUAAAUAUAAAUAUAAAUAUAAAUUUAACGUUAAAGAUAGAGAUACAGAUAAGGACAAAACGAACAAGAAAGACCUUCUAUCAAACAUAGAAGUAAAAGGGGAAUUUACAAAUAAGAGGAAGGUAACAAUUAAUAAUGCACUAGUUCUUAUUAAACCGUCGAAAAAGAAUUCAUCAAGCACGUUAAUGAAUAAUGAGCCAUUCAGAAAUUUUACGAAAGAUUUAUUACAUACAACACAGGAGGGGUUAAGAAAUAGGAUAACUAGAAAUUCAAAACAAAAAAUAAAUUAUGUAUAUUUAAAUGAAAAGAAAAUUAUAGACAAUAUAUCAGAGAAGGAAAUUAGAUUAAACAAAUCCAAGAAAUAUUUUUUAACAAGAUUAUUAGAAGGACAAUUGUUGAAAAAAAUUAUAAAAUAUAAUUACAAAGGGAAUAUAAUAAGAAAACGUUCAACCCACAAAAGUAUGACUAAUAAGAACAAUUUAAAUAACAGUAGGAAGGAAGAAAAAAACAAAAAAAAAAAAAGAAAAAAAUUUAAGUAUGAAAUUAAUUCUAAUAUUAUUCAAAAUAGGAAGGAUCCAUACUGUCGUUUGUCUUUGCUUCUAAGUAGUGCAAAUAAAAAUGCAGUGAGUGAAGGUAAAAUUCGUUCUAGUAUGUAUAAAGAUGUGUAUACGAAUUACCAUAUUUUUCCAGAAAAAAAAAAAUGUACUCUGGAUCAUAUUCACCAUAGUAUACAUCUAGACAACCAAAUGAAAAACUAUAUCAAUGAACAAAUAAAAUAUUUUGGAAAAAACAUGAGAAAAGAAAAUAUAGAAAAAAUUUAUUGUCAUAUUAUGAAAAAUUUAGAAAAUGAAUCCCCAUCUCCCACUCAUGCAGGAGAUCGAAUCUGGUGCAAAGGAGCUCGAAAAAAUGAUGACUGUGCAAGAUAUAAACCACAUCCAGUAGCAUCAAUACAACAUGAUGCAGAUGAAGAGAUGAUGCAUGUGAAAAUCCCUGCCAGUGAAAUCAAGCAGUACAUAAAAAAAAUGUACAUGAACGAUCAAAUAAAUAAUAAAGAUAAGACAAAAAUAUGGGAUGUUGUCAAUUUUGAUACGAUAAAAGGAGGGGAUUACACCUUCAGAGCUGAUGAGACGACCAAUGAUGCAACAAGAGAAGCAAACGAAACAGCUGAAAAGGAAAAAGAGGAAAACUUGUACUACAGAUUGAUAAAAAAAAAUAAAUUAAUAAAUCAGCUGGAAAUUCUAAAACAAGGCGAAAAAAAAAAAAAAAUAAAAAAUAAUAAUAAUAAUGGUAACAAUAAUGGUAAUAAUAGUAAUAAUAAUGAUAACGAUAAUAAUGGUAACAACAAUGGUAAUAAUAAUAAUUAUAGUUCAAAUAAUUGUAGUGCUAACAAUAUGACUAAUUUUUCGCAAAUAUAUGAAUAUUUAAUACAGCACAAAAAUAUACUAAAAAAAAAAUUAGCCAUUGAAAAGAAAAAAAAUAAAAAGGAAUUUUUUAAAGAAUUACAAGCGAUAGAAACAAAAAUGAAAAUUUUCGUUAAUAAUUUUCAAGAAAUUAUCAAACAGAAAGAGAGGAAAGAUGAGGAAACAAAUAUUUCUUUUGACAAAAGUACAAAAUAUGAAAUGGGAAGAAACUCUCAUGUACAUACUCUUCUGGCAAUUUUAGACGAAGUCAUAAUCCUAUUAAAUAAUAAUUUUAUGCAUAAUAAACAAAAAAAAUUUCGUCAUUAA